AUGUUGUCCAGGGCUCUGCUGCUCAUCGUUGCUCUGCUGUUGCUGUCCUCACUAACUCGGGGAGGGAUCCACCGGAAACUGAAACAAUAUGCAGUAACACAAGGUCAGCCUGUUAUCAGGGAGUGUGAGAGGAAGCCAAAAUUGUAUCUGUGUAAGCACCUCUGUGAAGCUAACCAAGACUGCCAAGCAAAUAACAUAUGCUGUUCAACGACGUGUGGGAAUGUUUGCGUGAACAUGUUGGACGAUCAAGUGUGGGAAGAGCCUAAUACUUCCCAUGACAUUCCCUUUCUGAAGGAUGAGCCCUUCUCCCGCAGAUCGUUUGAAGGAGAUAUGGCUCCCACCAUACCCUCCUCAUCAUUUUCCCCCUUGCCACUCGUAAAUAAACCAGAAUAA